CUGCGGGAGGGAGGAGGAGGCGCCGGGAGGAAGGAAGGGGAAAUGCUGCGCUCAUCACUGCCAGUCCGCUCUGCACACAGGCUGCGGGGCUGACAAUAGCGAGGUGCCCGCUGGACCACACUGACGUCUCCUCCGCUCUAUGAGGCUCCUCACCCAGGGCACCCCUAUUCUUCUCACUGGUGGACGCACAGCACACCUCCGGCAGGAAACUUUAAAGGAGGACCCUGAUUCCACAUAAAUGGUGGAUGCGAUUGUGGAGUUUGACUACAAGGCUCAGCAUGACGAUGAGCUGACCAUAGUGGCGGGUGAGAUCAUCACCAAAAUCAAAAAAGAAGAUGGCGGAUGGUGGGAAGGAGAGUUGAAAGGAAGGAGAGGACUUUUCCCAGACAACUUUGUACGAGAACUAAAGAAAGACAUUAAGAAAGACGUGAGCAGUAAACCACCAGACAGACCAAACCAGACCAUAUCUAAUGGCAGUGCCAUGCCCUCAAGUGAAGCGGUGGUCCGUGGUUCCGGAAGAGGUGAGCGAACAAGGCGGAGGAGAUGUCAAGUGGCCUUCAGUUAUAUGCCACAGAAUGAAGAUGAACUUGAGCUCAAAGUUGGGGAGAUCAUUGAAGUACUUGGAGAAGUGGAGGAAGGCUGGUGGGAAGGAGUACUCAAUGGAAAGAGCGGCAUGUUCCCUUCCAAUUUUAUUAAAGAGCUUGUAACUGAAACUGAAAUUGGUGGAAACUUUGAGGAACACCAGAUAAAACAAGGAUUUAUGGAUACUGCCGGCUCUGAAAGUGAUGGGGGCGACUCCAAGUCAGAAGGGACUAAUGGAACAAGCGGAGCAGAAAACCAGGCGAAAAAGAUCAGGGGAUUUGGCUUUGGGGAUAUUUUCAAAGACAAACCAAUUAAACUGCGACCAAGGUCAAUCGAAAUAGAAAAUGACAUUGCUGCUGUAGAAAAGACCAUGGUGAAAAAACUUCCACAAACUAUGACAUCCCAAGAAUCUCUGAAGAUGGAAUCAGAAAAUAAAUCAAAAACCAAGGAAUAUUGUAAAGUUCUCUUCCCAUAUGAAGCCCUCAAUGAAGACGAAUUGACAAUCAGAGAAGGUGAUAUUGUGAUUGUCAUAAACAAGGACUGUGUGGACGUGGGAUGGUGGGAAGGAGAGCUGAACGGCAGAAGAGGAGUGUUUCCAGAUAACUUUGUCAAGCUACUUCCUCCUGAUUACGAGAAGGAAAUCCAUAGACCUAAGAAGCCACCUCCUCCGUUAGCUCCAGUUACCAAGUCAGGAACAGUAGGCACAUCAGACAGGAAGCAAGAGAUCAGGAAGAUUCCUCCAGAAAGGCCCGAAACCCUCCCGCACAGGCCAGAUGAGAAGGAGAGGUCCGACAGAGAUCACAAAGUGGAUAGUUCACUGAAACACUCAGUUCCCGCUAUACCUCCAAAGAAGCCCCGCCCCCCCAAGUCUAGCACUUCCAAUAAAUCUGGCACCCUUCCUCCUCGGAGGCCAGAGAGACCAGCAGGACCUGUAACGCAUGCACGGAGCGACAGUCCGAAGGCAGAGGUGGGGAUCAGUACUGUGUCCAGCACUCCUGACAGAGACUCGUCCGAUAAGAGCAAUGACAUUGAUGUUGAAGGCUUCGAUUCCCUUGUGUCAACUGGAGAGAAACUUAGUCACCCUACCGCUUCAAGACCUAAAUCCAGCGGGAGACGUCCGCCUUCCCAGUCCCUGACAUCGUCCUCCCUUUCCAGUCCUGAUUUCUUUGACUCCCCAAGCCCAGAGGAUGACAAGGAUGAUCUCAACCACCUGUCACAGAGAACAAUAGACCCCUCCAAGAAAAGCCCACGUAGUGUUACGUCACAGAUGCCAGAUAACAGAGCUGCAUUGCCCCCAAAACCAGGAGGCUUGAUUGCAAGUGUUAGUUUCUCACAUGGAGCACCUGGAGCCCCAUCAGCAUUCCAUUCUGUCACCUCAAGUAGUCACCGGUCAAACUCUCCGUCCUUUGUAAACUCUGAUACAAGACACAAAGCUGAACAUGGCCAGAUAUCACUAGAAGAGCUACAGACACAAGUCAAGGAUCUUAGAAGCAUCAUUGAGACAAUGAAGGACCAGCAAAAAAAAGAAAUAAAACAAUUACUCUCCGAGCUAGAUGAAGAAAAGAAGAUUCGCCUACGAUUACAGAUGGAUGUCAAUGAUAUUAAGAAAUCUCUACAAUCCAAAUGAAAAGAGAAAACUUGCGUCACAGCCCAUAUCAAAGUCCUAGAAUCAUGAACUGUUCUUCCCUCCCAGGCCAAAAUAUUUUUGGUGCCAAAUGAUCUAAAAUUUGCCUCAAACGCGACAAGCAUAACGGCAGUUCAACCUACCACGGACACCCUGGUGACUUCUAGUGCUCUCGCACAUGUAUAUCAGUGGACUCAACGUUGUGCUCAAGUGUUCCUCCUUAAAACUGCGCAUGAAGGAAACUCAGGCAGUUUUACUUCAGAGUGGUACUUUUUUAUGAAAUUUUUCCAUGAAUAAAGUGGAUUUCCAAUUGUCUGUUUACAAGCUUUAUAAUUUUAUGGGUUUUAUUUUAAUUUUAUUUUUUGUAUGAAUUUUAUCUCUGAAUUUUGAAAUGUUUGUGCAGCUGUAUAACCUUUCUUGUCCUUUGUUACCUCCUGAGACAUACUGUAUGAGCUUGACAUCUCUGACUAUGACUCGAAACGUACAUAUGCAAAGUUCAUACAAUGUGAUAAAAUGCUUCGCUUUUCAUUGUACUUUACGAAUGUGUACCUUAAGACAGGAAAGCAUGGUAUUUAAAGACGAUUUGUGCCUUUUUUUUGCUUAAAGAAAAAACACAUUUAGUUAUACUGUAGACCUAUGUCCUAUAGUAAUAAAACCGGGCAGAGGAAGCAUGAUCUUCCUAUUUGUAGGGCCAGGACCCCCUUCUCUGGAUGUCACCUGAAAUAAGAAGUUAAUAUUAGUUUUCAAAUAAUGUAAACUGCAAUAAAAGAACCUAUUUUCUUCACACUAGGAAAAAUCAUUUAUCAUUGAGAAACAAAGACUAAGGUUAUUUUAAAAAUGCAGAAUAAAAAUUAAAGAUAAAUGUGUCACCAAUCUGUAAGAGGAGGAGGAAUUAUUGUUUAUAUGCUAAAACUCUUAUACCAAUGGAAAUGAUUAUUAAGAAAAGUGUGACCACCUCCAUAGUAGCCACCUAGUUACUUUCUGAAUGCUAAUAAUGUAAUUCUGUUAGGACGGUCAAUACUUUACAGUAAUUUGAUAUGCAUCAUGAGGGUUCAGUGUAUUCAGUGUUCUGGAUUAGUUUACAUUGACAUUUUCCAGGUAAAAAAAAUAGCAACAAGCGAUGGAAUAAGAGCAGUGAUUGUAAAAGCUAAGGUGUUCUUUGUUUACAAGCAGCUGAGAUUUCGAGAAUUUCACUUUGGUGGUGAUUUUUGGUACUAUACGCAUCUUAAUGAAAACCACUGGAUAAAGUACAACAGCGACCUCUGGUGGUACAAAUUCUAAAAGACACUUUAUACAAGUUUUUUUUUUAACUGUAUGGCGCACAAGUAUUUAAAUUAAAAACAGCAAUAUAGAUAUAUAUAUGUAUUAUCAGACUUAUGUUGAAAACCCCAGAACGGAGCCCACUUGAUUUAGAACUAGCUGUAAUAGCAUUUUCAGAAGACAAACUAGUAAAGAUCAUUCUUAAAUUGCUCUCUUUAAUUGGAGGAAACCAUUUUAUGGAUUAACAGGGUUGCCACAUGUUCAGUUGAGGCUUUAAAGGAAAAGCCUCUUCUAUGAUUUUCUUCAUUUGGUUGCAAGAGCAAAAAAGAUUGUGAAAAUGUGUAAUUUUCUAUAAUCUUUAAUAAUCUACGUGAAUGCAGAAGAGAAUUUGGGGGCAUAAAUCCGACGUGUCAUGUCCGUAUCUCUUCCAUAUUUAUAUGUGACUUUGCUUUUUUUUUAUUCACCCCACUCUGGGCUCUGAGAAUCAGGAUGGACAACUAGACAAAUCAGGGUGCUGAAGUGUUAUAUAUGUAUAUAUAC